GCUCCCCUCCUGCCUCCAGAAGGGCAGGGCUUCGCCGAGGCUUGGCGGGAAAAAGAACCGAGGGGAGGAUCUUGCCUAGUCGCAGUAUAAAAGGAGCUUUGCGGGGCGUUUUCUGACUCGCUGUAGUAAUUCCAGCGAGAGACAGAGGGAGUGAGCGGGCGGGUUGGAAGAGCUCAGUGUGCAGAGCCGCGCUCCGGGCGUCCUGGGAAGGCAGCUUGGGAGUGAGAGGGGCUUCGCCUCCGGGCCUGCUGCCCCCCUGCCCCAGCUCUCCGGCUGACCAGCGAUCGCAACCCUCGCCCCCUCUGGGGAACUUUGCCCAUUGCAGAGGGCGGACACUUUUGCACUGGAACUUACAAUCUGCGAGUGAGGACAGGACUCCCCAGGCGACGGGGAGGAAAUUUUUGUCUAUUUGGGGACAGUGUUCUCUGCCUCUGCCCGCGGUCGGCUCCCCUGAAAGGAGCUCCUCGCGCUCUCUGAAGGCUGGAUAUCCUUGGGGCGGUGGAAAACCCGCAGACAGCCACGACGAUGCCCCUCAACGUGAGCUUCGCCAACAGGAACUAUGACCUCGACUACGACUCGGUGCAGCCCUAUUUCAUCUGCGACGAGGAAGAGAAUUUCUAUCACCAGCAACAGCAGAGCGAGCUGCAGCCGCCGGCGCCCAGUGAGGAUAUCUGGAAGAAAUUCGAGCUGCUGCCCACCCCGCCCCUGUCCCCCAGCCGCCGCUCGGGGCUCUGCUCUCCAUCCUAUGUUGCGGUCGCUGCGUCCUUCUCCCCAAGGGAGGACGACGACGGUGGCGGCGGCAACUUCUCCACCGCCGAUCAGCUGGAGAUGGUGACCGAGCUGCUUGGAGGAGACAUGGUGAGCCAGAGCUUCAUCUGCGACCCUGACGACGAGACCUUCAUUAAGAACAUCAUCAUCCAGGACUGUAUGUGGAGCGGCUUCUCAGCCGCGGCCAAGCUGGUCUCGGAGAAGCUGGCUUCCUACCAGGCUGCGCGCAAAGACAGCGCCAGCCCGAGCCCCGCCCGCGGGCACAGCGGCUGCUCCACCUCUAGCCUGUACCUGCAGGACCUCACCGCCGCCGCGUCCGAGUGCAUCGACCCCUCGGUGGUCUUCCCCUACCCGCUCAACGACAGCAGCUCGCCCAAGUCCUGUACCUCUUCCGACUCCACAGCCUUCUCACCGUCCUCGGACUCGCUGCUGUCCUCGGAGUCCUCCCCACGGGCCAGCCCGGAGCCCCUAGUGCUGCAUGAGGAGACACCUCCCACCACCAGCAGCGACUCGGAGGAAGAACAAGAAGAUGAGGAAGAAAUUGAUGUAGUGUCUGUGGAAAAGAGGCAGCCCCCAGCCAAGAGGUCUGAAUCGGGGUCAUCCCCAUCAGGAGGCCACAGCAAACCUCCACACAGCCCUCUGGUCCUCAAGAGAUGCCAUGUCUCCACUCAUCAGCACAAUUACGCAGCGCCCCCCUCCACGAGGAAGGACUAUCCAGCUGCCAAGAGGGCCAAGUUGGACAGUGGCAGGGUCCUGAAACAGAUCAGCAACAACCGCAAAUGUUCCAGCCCCAGAUCCUCAGAUACAGAGGAGAACGACAAGAGGCGGACACACAACGUCUUGGAACGUCAGAGGAGAAACGAGCUGAAGCGCAGCUUUUUUGCCCUGCGUGACCAGAUCCCGGAGUUGGAAAACAAUGAAAAGGCUCCCAAGGUAGUUAUCCUCAAAAAAGCCACCGCCUACAUCCUGUCCGUCCAAGCCGAAGAACACAAGCUCAUCUCAGAAAAGGACUUACUGAGGAAGCGGAGAGAACAGUUGAAACACAAACUCGAACAGCUUCGAAAUUCUGGUGCAUGAACUGACCUAUGGGUGAGGAGGAGCUGGAAUCCGCUCUGGAAUCCUCUCUCCUUACUCAUGGAGAGUAGGGAGGGCUAUCCCUUCUCUUAGAACUGAUGCGCUGGACUUCAAAUGCAUGCUCACAGCCUAACCUCACAACCUUGGCUGGGGCUUUGGGACUGCAAGCUUCAGCCAUAAUGUUAACUGCCUCAAACUUUAGGCAUAAAAGAACUUUUUUUUAUGCUUCCCAUCUUUUUUCUUUUUCUUUAACAGAUUUGUAUUUAAUUGUUUUUAAAAAAAAAUCUUAAAGUUUACCCACUUUUCCAAUGUAAAUAGGACCCUUAAAUGUAAAUAACUUUAAUAAAACGUUUAUAACAGUUAUACAAGAUUUUAAGACAUGUAUUAUAAACCAUAAUUUUUUUUAUUUAAAUACAUUUUCAUUUUUAAAGUUGAUUUUUUUCUAUUGUUUUUAGAAAAAAUAAAAUAAUUGGAAAAAAUAUAAUUAAGCCA